GAGAGCUCGAUCAAAGAACUCGUCGACUAAAGAUGGCUACCAAGUCUUUACUUCUUCUUGGUGUCGUUCUUGCAUGUCUCCUCGUCUCCCAGGAUGUGGUCGCUGCUAGGGAGCUCACUGAAGAAGCUCAUGAAUCUGAGGAGAAGAAUGUGAAACCUGAGAGUGGCCAUGACACCUGGGGAGGUGGAUACAUGCGCGGUGGAGGGUACGGACAUGGUGGAGGGUAUGGUCAACCUAGCUAUGGUGGUGGUUAUGGCCAACCUGGAUAUGGCGGUUACGGCCCAGGUUAUGGAUAUGGCGGUUACGGCCCAGGUUAUGGCGGCGGAGGCUAUGGACCUGGAAAAGGUGGCGGGUACGGUAGUCCAGGAUAUGGUGGUGGAUAUGGCCGUCCAGGCUAUGGUGGUGGUGGUAGCUACGGUGGCGGCUAUGGUGGUGGAUAUGGUGGUGGUUACGACGGCGGAUAUGGUAGUGGGAGUGGUAGUGGCUAUGGCAGCGGUGGGGGCUAUGGAGGAGGUUACGGUGGAGGAGGUCAGCAUGGUGGCUGGCACUAAGAGAUAGAGCUACAUAUACAUGUUUGGCAAAUAAAUUGGCGUACAUACCUCAUGGAUAUCAUGGGAUGAAGUAUGCACCAUGUAUUUGCUUGCAAAAUACAUCCAUAGUGAAGAAAAAUCAGUUGAGCCAACUUAUCUAUAUGGUCAUAUGUAAAGUAUGAUGGAUCUAGCUUUAGGAUGGCUCAUGGUGUAUGUACCCUAUAUGUGCAAAUAAAUAAUAAAUAAAUGAGAGGUUUGAUUUACAUGAAAACCCAAGGAAGCAGUCCAAACUUUGGCAGAAAAUCAACUUAGCACGUAUGGAACUUGAAACAACAGGUCCAACAAGCCCUUGGCCUCUUUAUAGUCAUAUCAUACGACACCCUAAAGUGAUUUUAUGAAA